AUGUCCCUGGAUCCGAUCUCAGAUACCAAGCAAGUCCCUCUUGAUGUUAUUUCAUGCCGUGGCUCUGAUAAUGGUACAGUUAUUGACUAUAGUAAGACUAGUCCUUGUAGGACCUCUGCUCAGUUGAAGGUACGACAGUUGGAUGAAAGGCAAGAGUUGGAACUUCGUGAAUUCAAGGCUAAACAAAGACAGGAAAGGUUGCGUCUGCAUAAAGAACUCAACUUAGAUGUGAAUGAUGGUUUAGGUGAUACCUUUUCCUUGGAUGAUGAUAUAAAGUGUCACAAAUCAGUUUGUCCUGGCAUUGACCCUAAUAGCAGUUCUGAUCGUGAAACGACUAGCCAGGCGAGCAGCGCAGAAAACAAAGGGGUUGCCGCUACGUUGCAUUGUGUCAGUGUUGGCCAUGAGUUACCGAAAGUAGAAUUAAGCAGCUUUGACGGACAUCCAGCCAAAUAUUGGAAGUUUAUGAGGCAGUUUGAGCUCUACGUUGUCUCUAAGGUUGAUGAUGAUGGACAGAGGCUGUUAUACUUGUUACAUUACUGUAAAGGUAAGGCCAGGGAGGCUAUAGAGGAAUGCAUUAUGUUACCACCAUCUGCUGGUUAUCGUAGGGCUCGGGAUAUACGCAGACGUUUGUUUGGAAGGACUCAUGAAGUCAGCCGGGCCUUACUACAGGAUCUGAUGGAAUGCUCGAACAUAGAACAAAACGAUGCUGAGGCAAUGUCGAGGUUAGCUAUAAAAAUGGAAAACUGCGCUAUAGCCCUAGAGCAAAUGGAUUAUACUGCGGACCUUAACUCCUUGACAACUUUAGAAGGUAUAGUAAAGAAAUUGCCCCGUGUGUUACAGAUGAAAUGGGCGGAGACUGUCGAAAAGCUAACUGAAACCGAACGAGAACCUACCUUCGCAGAGUUAACGCAGUUUGUGUCAGCACGUGCGAGCAUUUUGCUAAGUAGGUUUGGACAGCUGGCAACAAGCAGUCGACGACCAGAUAGUAAAAUAGCAUGUUCCACGCAGCAGCUAGUACCCGUUGGGGGAGUCCUGAAACCUUCAUGUAUAUUUUGUGGAGGGAACCAUGUAGUCACAAAACGUACCACAUUUCUGUCGUUACCGGUGGAUGAGAGAUGGUCGAAGGCUAAAGAAACAGGUUGUUGUUUUUCAUGUCUUAAAAGGGGCCACAGGUCCGUAGAAUGUAAAAUUCACGGGGUGUGCAGUGUAGAAGGUUGUAAAGCAUACCAUCACCCUCUGUUACACAAGAAGACCCACCACGCCGUAGGCGAACAACCGGAGAAAGGUAGUUGUGGAUGCACUGAGUCUCUCAGAGAAAGCGUGUGUUUGGGCUUACUCCCGGUACGUGUAAAGCACGGUAAUAAAGAGGUUUACGGUUAUGCUAUCUUGGACAAUGGUUCUGAUACAACUUUGGUCACGAAAAAUGUUUUGCAACUUCUAGGAUUGUCGACUGACGGCACAAAGACUAUCAUCAAAACUGUUAGUGGAAGUAGAUUGGCGGACUCAGUCAGCAAGCCUUUCGAAGUUUAUUCACUAGACGGAAACGAAUGCAUACUUAUAGAUCGAGCAGUUGUGGCAAGAGAUCUCCCAGUACGGAGACCUAAAGGAUCGAUGCGAGAAAGUAUUAAAAGGUGGCCGCAUCUGACUGACGUACCCUGGACAGAGGUGGAAGACGGGGAGGUAUUGCUGCUCAUCGGUUGCGAUGUACCUCAUCAUCAUCAUCAUUAUCAACAUAGGACCAGGCAUUACUGCGUAACGGUCCGAGUUGCCACACCUCAUAUCAGCACAUCAAGUAAAAAGGUAGUGAGGUGA